UCACCCUCCUGUUCUUGUCCCUGUGCGACCUUGCAUCGCCCAACAACGCAUCGCGCAGUAGGCCGCCAAACCCUCACCGCGCACACCCUACUGGACUGCCUUGCUGGCUCCGACCGAACUGAGGUUGACGCCCGGAUCUCACCAGUGCUUGGCCUGGAUCAUCUUCGGGAACGUGCGGCUACUCUGUCGCGUCGACACCACAAACCCCGUCGUGAAUCCCCAUCUCAACCUCAUCACGACUCUACCGCAUGCCACGCCCGUCGCGUCGCACGCCCCAGGUCCGCCAUCACUGCAUCCAUCCCAUCGCCCCUUUUUAAAAUCGCCGCCGCCCGAUUGGCCUCGAAUAGAGCUCGCUGACCCGACCGGAGCUGCCUGCGAGCCCGGCCGCUCCUUGCAACGCCUGGAAUGUACUCAAUGCAUCCAGUCCAGACCUUGACAAAUGGUGGUAUUGGGAACGGCAUCAUGGACGGCUCUGGCACCAUCAAUCCCGCUGCGCUGAACUCCCCAGGUGUACUGGGCAGCCAGCCACAAUCCGUCCCACCGCAACCGUCGCGCGGAGUCAAGCGCAGUCGCUCCCCAGAAAACAGCUACGGGGAUGAGCAACAUGGAGGGCACGGCGAUGGAGAUGAGAAUAAGCCGCGAAAGCGCGGGCGUCCUCCCAAAUCUUCUAAGGUGUCCUUUGCAGACAGUCCUCAUUCCUCGCAACUACCUCCCACGCCUUCUCAGACUAACACAGCUCCGCCUGUACAAACUCCCCAACUACCGAACACACCACUUCCUCAAACUUCCCCAACCCAAACAUCGCCGUCUAAGACCACGCCAACUAAGAGUACUGUGAUCAAGGCAUUGCCGACGGUUCGGGACCACACUACCGACCAGCUCAAUCCAGAGGGAGACGAAUAUCUACCUCGCGAAUUUGACGAAGCCGGCGAGAAGAAGGUUGACCCGAAUGGGCACCCGCUAGACGGGCGAGAAUAUCGGUGCCGCACCUUUUACGUGCCCAAGAGAAAAGUCAAGCUAUUUAUGCUUGCUACAGAGUGCGCCCGUGUUCUCGGUUACCGGGACUCGUAUCUGCUCUUCAAUAAGAACCGAUCGCUCUACAAGAUUAUUGCUACACAGGCCGAGAAGGAUGAUUUAAUUCAUCAGGAAAUCCUGCCAUAUUCGUAUCGCUCUCGACAGAUCGCGAUUGUGACUGCACGGUCCAUGUUUCGACAGUUUGGGAGCAGGCUAAUCGUAAACGGAAGGCGGGUCCGUGAUGACUACUGGGAGAGCAAAGCCAGGAAGCAAGGCUUUACCGAAGAGGACGCCGCGGGUGAGAAGAGACCCGGAGCAGCAAAGGCGAGAGAGGCUGCGGCUGCUGAAGCCAGUGCAGGUGCCCACGCCCUGGCUUUUGGCGCUGCUGGUGCAUAUCCAGGGAAGCUGGAUCACGACUACUUAGGCGCCGGGGUAAAUCCCAUGCAGCCCUACGGUGUGCUCACCCCAGCGCCGGGUGCAGUUCCUCCAGCGACUUCUGAUCCGUUCAACCAUGCCACUACCACAGAUCUGCAACCUAGAGAUUAUGGCAAUGUCCAGCGACCAAGACAGGAACUUUCGGGAGUGCCAUAUCAAGACCCUACCAGGCCCAGUCCAUCAAGCGAGAUUCUCAAUCAAGCUGCCCAAACCGCCGAGUUUAACAAGCAGCUCGAGCAGCAACGGAAGAAUCGUAAAGAGUACCUUGACUCUUACUGGAGACGCCCCCAUGAUCCCCCUGUGCAGUCCCCUCGUCCAGCCACCGCGGAAGGCGAUAAUGUGCAAGUCUCACAGGCGGUUCAGUCACCUCGUCUUCCCUCCACUAGCACUGCUCCUCCCACCGGACAGCGUGGUAUGGUAGCUCAUACACCACAAGCGCAAAGUCGCAUGCCAAGCGCCCAGCAGUAUCCGCAGCAGUCUUAUCCGCAGAACCCUAUGGUUCAGUCACCAAGGCAUCCGGUGCAUACUCCGCUACGACCAGAGCAAAUGCAACAACGCGUCCCGAGUAUGGGAAUUCCGCCUGGUGGCGCUCAGGCUCCACCUCCGGGCUACGGCUACGCUCCAUCACAUAUGUGGCCUCAGGGCCAACCGCAACCUUCUCCCCUCUCACAGCAGCACAACAUGCAACAGUACGCUCAACAUGCGGCCCAACAGUCCCCUCAUCCUCAGCAGUCACCUCUACAUAUUCCUCCUCAGCUUCACCACUCUCAAAGCAGCGGGUCAAUGCAUGGUACACCUGUGCAGCGAUACCAGACGAUGGCUGCUAUGCCCAGCCCCGGUUAUCCAGCUAUGGGCCAGAAUCCUUAUCAACCCAGUCCAAGUCCCCAACAUUUCAUGCAGCAGAGCACAGCUGUGCAGCAACCUGGAAUGGCUGGGUGGGCUCCUGGAGCCCAAGCCCCCCCACAAGGCUGGCAGACAUACUGAGGUGUUGAAUAGUCUCCGCAUUCCCUGGCAUCUGCAACAAAAACUUGCACUCGGGCAGCCUAUCUCCAAAUCGGACAUCGCAGACUUACCUCGACUGUAUUCAGAAAUGGGUCAACCUUAGUCCAAGCGAGGUCUUAUUGAGGAUACAGACGUUGGAUGGGAAAUUGAAACGAAGACUCAUCAUGGAGGACUCGGUCGUUUACUUCUUCAAUGUGAAUUCUUCUCCUUUUUCAUUAUUUUCUUUCAUACCCUGUACACUAUG